AGCCGCCCAUCUCGAAUCCGAAGGGCCCUAUUGCAUCAGUCCGCAUGUCCAAAUGCCACUAUUUCCGUUAUCCAGUUGCAGAUCUCCCCUAUCCAUAGCCUUGCCAUGUAAAGACCAAAACCAACUUCAGUUUUCCUGUUCUGUACCUAUUAUGGAUCUCCGAAUCGCCACCAACCGGCACCCCUUCUGCAUUUCAACGUGCCGGAAACCCCAUGCUUUCCGUCAGUUUUGCCGUAUUAGUCCGACCAAAAGCCAUCGAGUCUCCACGAAAGCUGAACUUCAAACUCCCGCCGAAGUCUCUGACCUUCCGGGCGGUUACACUUCGCCGUCGUCGGUUCCAGUCCACAAAGUAACAGUACACGACAGACAGCGAGGAGUCUCUCACGAGUUCCUCGUUCCUGAGGACCAGUAUAUAUUGCAUACCGCUGAAGCUCAGAACAUAACUCUGCCAUUUGCUUGCAGGCACGGGUGUUGUACCAGCUGUGCUGUUCGAAUAAAAUCUGGACAAAUAAAACAGCCUGAGGCCCUUGGAAUAUCUGCUGAGCUAAAAUCAAAGGGUUAUGCACUGCUCUGCGUGGGCUUCCCAUCUUCUGAUGUUGAAGUUGAAACCCAAGAUGAGGAUGAGGUAUAUUGGCUUCAAUUUGGAAGAUAUUUUGCUCGAGGACCAAUUGAAAGGGAUGAUUAUGCACUGGAGUUGGCCAUGGGUGAUGAAUAAGUAAUUUGCCUAGACAGUUAGAUGUAAGGAUCUCUGCAGUGUAGCAAGAAGAGUUGUUUCACAUGUUCUAUUCUCUUUUUCUUGUAUUCAUUAUAGGGAAGAGCAGAUAUUCCUGUUUUUCCACCAGAGGCCAACAUGUGGAAUCAAUGCUGUUAUACUAGAAUCUAAUCGGUUACCCAAACACAACUCUCUUUUGUUAAUAACUAAAUCAAUAACUUGGAAUGCGCCAUCUCUACAUUGAUCAUUCA